AUGGUCUUCGCCCACUACAUGAUUCAAUUCGCACCCCCAGGUCUGAACGGAAACCCAAAUCCAGACUAUAGCACAGACAUCAACAUGGCCAAGGCCGCCGGCUUCGACGCCUUCGCCGUUGACUACACAGACAAUGCUGCCCUUUUCGCCACCAACCUCGACAUCCUCUACCACACCGCCUCAACUCUAGGCUUCAAGCUCUUCCUCACAAUCGACACCACCACCAUGUACGACGUAGCCCAGGUCGUCAACAUCACAAGCUUCUACGCCAACAGUCCUGCCCAGCUCAAAGACGGAGCCGGCAACAUCUUCCUCAGCUCCUUCGAAGUCAACCCCCCAGGUUGGAACUGGCAAACCGACGUCAUCGACCAGUUAAACAUACAAAACAUUGGCGUCAACUUCCUCCCCGGCUCCCUCGGUCAGGACGGCGCAUACGAGGCCUCGCUCCCCGACCGUGGCACAGGCCUCUUCACCUGGAUCCAUCCUGCCCUCUCCGCCUCUGAAGAAGCUGCCGUCGACCAAACCUUCGCCGACGCGCGCGACUCCAGCGGCAAGCCCUGGAUGGCAGGCGUAGCCCCAUGGUUCUUCAAGCGUCUCGCCAGUGACACCAAUUGGCUGAACGCGCAAGACUCCAACAUCUACAUCGACCGCUGGGUAGAGCUGUUGAAGCUAAAGCCCGACUACAUCGAAGUCAUCUCUUGGAAUGACUUUGGCGAAUCUCACUACAUCGGCCCCGCGGACAGUACCCCCGAGGCUGAACUCAUGCUGCCGAGCAAAGCCGACUAUUACGGCAACCUCGACCACAGCGCUUUCCUCAAGAUGUCCACCUUCUUCAUCAACACAUACAAAGCCGGCGAGACCAACGUAACCGUCACAGCAGACGAAGAAGACGUCUUCUUCUUCUACCGUCCCCAGCCCGUCAACAACAUCCCCACCAAUGACACCUAUCUAGACAACGCCUGGCCUUUACCCGAGAACGCCUCGAGUAUUGCGGACAACGUCUACGUCGUGCCAUUCCUCUCCGAGCCAGCGACCAUUUAUCUCAGCUCCGGCGGGUAUAGCACGUCCAUGGACGCGCCGUCAUUCCUUAGCAAGAGUGCGAUCACGUUCAAUUCUCCCGCCAUGAUGGGCCAGCAGAUUUUGACCGCCAGUCGGCCCAUCAACGGCCAGACGCUUAACAAGACGGGUACCGUGGAUAUCACGAGCGGCGGGUCGAGGUACCAAGGGAACGUGGUUGCUAUCUAG